UAUGGACAUAGGUGUUAUUCCAAUAUGAAGUUACAUUUAUUAUUAACAAUUGUUCUACAAAUAUUUUGUGCAAUCAGUGCGCGUCAUUUUCGAGUAACUGAUCAAGUUUAUUUGGAUGUUCAUAGAGAGAAUAAGCAUAUAGGCCGAAUUGUUAUAGGACUUUUUGGAGAUUUAGCGCCGAAAGCCGUAAAAAAUUUUAAGGUCCUUGCAACAAAAGGUAUAAAAGGAAAAUCGUAUAAAAAUACUAGUUUCAAUCGUAUAAUUAAAAGAUUCAUGAUACAAGGAGGUGAUGUUGUGUCAGACGAUGGUAAAGGCUCUAUAAGUAUUUAUGGUGAAACGUUUGACGACGAAAAUUUAGACACAGAACACACUGUAGCAGGUUUUGUUUCUAUGGCUAAUAAAGGAAAGAACACUAAUGGCUGUCAAUUUAUUAUAACAACAAAGGGCACUCCGUGGUUGGACAGUUUACAUACAGUUAUAGGAAAGGUAGUGGAAGGUCAGAAAGUCGUGCAUAUAGUUGAACAGACUCCAACCGAUAUCGAAGAUCGUCCUGAGAUGCGCGUAUACAUAGCUGAUUGCGGCCUACUGCCCACGCAACCAUUUUAUAUCUCCGACGAUCCAUAUGAUCUGUGGAGUUGGAUCAAAGCGUCCGCAGUUCCAUUGACGAUGUCUUUCUCCGUUUUGGGAUUUUUCCAUUGGAUGAUCAGAAAAAUAGAUAUUUAAUAGAAUAUAUUUUCAUUUAUUUUUCGGUUGUGCUUGCAUAUGUAUAUUUACUUAAAUACGAAAAAUUCGAGUUAAAAAAAAAA